AUGGCUUACGAAAUAGCCGAAGAGACGUCCUACCAGGAGGGAUUUCCUCGUGCAGCAGCACCCAACUUCACUGAUCAUGUAUUUCUGUCUCGGAGCGGCGCGGAGCUUGCGGUGCGCAUUUGGCCAGCCGACCCGCCCACAACCAUGGCGGGCCAUCAUUUCACUCCUCUGGCGUGGAUGGAACCAGGCCCCCUGCAGCGAGGCUUUCACAUCGUGUCUCACAAUUACCGCCUGAGCCCUCAGGCUCGCAUUGAUGAGCAGCUGGAAGACUGUCUGGAAGCCAUAGAGUGGUGCAGAGCAAACCUGCCAGUAAUCCUGGGCCGCGAUCGCGUUGAUAUUAACCGUUACAUCAUCUGCGGUGAGUCGGCAGGGGGGGUCAUGGUCACACUCAUGGCGCAUCAUCUGCGUCCCCCGCCGAAGGCUGUUAUCAAUGCAUAUGGUAUAGUUGAUUUUCUUGGGAAUGGUGUGAACCUCCUGGACCCAAAUGCCCAAAAUAUUUCGGACUUUCCCCCCUGGACUGGAGAGUUCGAGGAGGAGCGACUCAAGGCUUACCUUUAUGACCGCAACCCCGCCAAUAUUUUAACUGAUGCCCUAUUUUGGGACGAGUGGGAGAAGCUAUCCGUAGCAGACCUUAGUCUGCGGUUGAAAACCGAGUUCAAGUAUACUGAGCGCAUCCGCUUUCAGGCUGAAUUACACAAAUGGAAGAGCAUUUGCUUUCCAUCAAAGGGGAUGAUCCAGGCCACAUUCCAUGAUGAGAAAUUCUCUAGCUCGUCCGAGCUAAAGAAAUUCAUCGAUUCCAUGUGCUCUGUACGACUUCUGGAAGGAAAGACCUGGUAUCCACCGACUGCCCUUUUACACGGAACCAGCGAUUCUAUUGUUCCCUUGUCGCAAAGUCAGGCAUUUGCAAAUAAGCUGCGAGAAAUGGAUGUGCCAGUGAUUGAGAGCUAUGAGCCAGGAGCCGGGCAUGUUUUUGACGACAAGUAUACUAGCAUCCUUGUUGAAGGUUGGGACGUCUAUAUACAACCAGUUCUUAACUUUAUUAAUAUACACAUCGAUAAGUAGAAUAAAUGAAACCGAUUGAAAAUUGAGGAUAGAUUGAAAAGGCAUUGCGUCUAAGCAGGAAUAGGUCCUUU